AUGGUAGCCUUAGAGGCCAGACUGAAUGCCAGCGAGGGGAUGGUGGAGGAGCUGAGGAGAGAGAAUGCAGACAGACCAAAGGUGGCCUUCUCUGCUGGUUUGACUAAUGAUGCAUAUGUAGGACUCUUUAAUAGUAUCACCACACUAGUAUACAGAAGGGUCAUCACCAACAUCGGCAAGGCCUACAACCCAAAUACAGGUGUCUUCACAGCACCAGUGAGAGGACUCUACUACAUCAGAUUCACUGCCAUGGGUCUCAAGGGUCCACAGUCCAUAGGUGCCUAUAUUUACCGUAACGAUAAGAGUGUCAUGUUCAAUCACCAGGACAAUGACAAUGGACAUAAUAGGUUCUUGUCUAAUGCAUUGACUCUAGAGCUGGAGGCCGGGGAUGUGGUCUACAUGCGUCUCCCGGUAAAUCAGGAGCUCUAUGAUGAAAAGUCGAGUAACUACAGCACCUUCAGUGGCUUCCUGCUCUUCCCUAUGUGAAGGGAGCACUCUGAUGUGAGUUUGAGAUCAGUAAACGAUCGAGAUCAUUUGAACCAUUGACGUAAAGCGACUCCUUCACUCCAUCCAGGCUUUUGCUUGUAUUUUUGACAGUGAGAAUUGCAGAGG